GGCAGUAAAGCUGCCUCUUCGGUUUACACAUUCAAAUCGAGGUCACGUGACCCCAUAUUGAAAAUGACAGGCUGGUAUUUUAUGAGUUUGCUGGGUCCUCUGCUUUAUGGGUUUCUGCGCAAGACGAAGAAAGGGGCUCGUUUAUCAUCGACAGUCGAAAGAAAGAAACUUCUAUGAUAGCCAGCGUCUGACAAAUGUGAUAAACUUUUAAUUCGUUGGAGUGCAAACAGACUACAAAAAGUUACCUUUGUUCUACAUAGAUCUGUAACAGCGGAUGUAACAAUACUAGAACACACCUGUACAAAAAGACACACCCUUGAGCAGAUAAACAGAUAUUAAGCAAGGAUCUGAAUGAAGUCUGAUUUAGCUCCGUGAUUGGUUGGAAUCGCGUCACGUGACGGCUGAGUAGGUCGAUGGAGGAGAUGAUUUGAGUUAUCAUAAUAUGACACAUAGAAAGGGGAAUGAAAUAAAUUUCAGCCGAGACAUGCACAAAACUGCGUUUUACAACCAUCAGUCUGUGUUCCAGAAUUACUUCCCCGGGGACACAAAUUAUUCCUACGAUGUUCCCUAUUGCCAACCGAACAUGUCUCCAUCAAACGGGGACUUCUUCUCUCAUCCGUCGUGCGCAGUGCAAAACAGCAGCAUUCCUUCUCCUACUGGAAUUUUCAGUACACAGUACACAGGAUCCGAGGGCUACUCUAACCACUUGACCGGAGUUGGGAGUCCGAAUCCAACCUCUUUCAGCAAUAAGGGCGAAAUCUAUCCUUGGAUGAAAGAGUCACGACAAAAUUCAAAGCAAAGACAAGCAGCAACAGCGCAGCCACAAACGCAACAACAACAACAAACGCAACCAAACCAACAGCAACCUGGACAAACGGGACAGACAACAACCCCGCAACCACAGCCCGAGCCAACUAAGAGGGCUCGGACUGCGUAUACUAGCGCCCAGCUUGUAGAACUGGAGAAGGAAUUCCAUUUUAACCGUUACCUCUGCCGACCAAGGCGAAUAGAAAUGGCGGCACUGCUCAGCCUGACUGAAAGACAAAUCAAAAUUUGGUUCCAGAACAGACGAAUGAAAUUCAAGAAGGAGCAGCGACAAAAGCCGCACUCAGAGAAAUGUAAACACGACGGGAAUAUGUCCGGAAGUGAAAGUGAUAGUCAGGGCUCGACUUCCGGUGGUGGAGACAGAGUGGGGAGUGAAUGUGGCGGGAAAUUGAGUCCCGACGACUUCGUUCAUUCUCAGUCACCCCACGGACUACACUCCGGCCUCGGGGCCCACAACAAUCACACCAACCACAAAACCUCUCGCUCCCCCCAGAUACCGGGCCAGGAUCUCAAUCUACGUCAUCAGUACCUCGCCGAUAACGGCAGUCAUUACUUCCGGGAGCAGACGUCACCUCGUCAGACGCAGUCUCUGUCUCCUCCACAUCAGCAGUACAGCGACAUCUACCAGCAGUCGCAACAUCCGGGCUACAAUCACAUCCCCUCCGAUAACCCGGGGUACCCCGCUGCGGGUCCGUAUAAUACUCACAGUCCCAUGUAUCCCGAGGUACCGCACAUGAACGCUCAUAUGGACACGGGAAACGCCCAUCCUUUCUCUUCCAAUAUGGGAUACUCUUCUUCCGGAAUUCCUAAUUCUAAUUGCUAUUCUCAGGGCUCUUACGACUAUGUGCCAAAAUUGACACAUCUAUGAAUAUGGAAAGAUGGAUAUUUUUGUCGAAUUGUUCCGCUGCAUCAUUCAGAUGUUUCUAGCUUUGAAAUGCAUAUUUUUCUCAUAGCAAUUAGGGAGGAUUCUUAAUACAUGUACUUCUGAGCAGAAGGAAAUUGACGGAAUCUGCAUAGAGGACAAAUAGUUUACUAUUGGUAAAGCCUGUCUUGGAAUUGUCACGUUUCUGUUAAAUCCUGUAAUAAACCUAAUUGAUUUCACACUAUCGCGAAUCAGGGAGUGAAAUAAAGCGGCCGGAACUCAAUUGAAACGAUAGCCUUAACGAGCUGCCUAUCCUGACACUUGUUUAAUAAAGUAAUGGUCUUUUAAUAGUGUCCUCUAGCGAGGAAAUAUACAGCUGUAUUAGGACGCUGGUCACUUACACACAAUCGCCUCAAUAUGGCGAUCUGUCAACGGAAUCUGCGGGCAGACUGCACCGUCAGAAGGAAGGGUCGAGUGGUCAGCCAGUGAGGGUGAUACCCGGCUUUGCCCAUUGUGCAAUGCCGUCACCUCUACCAUCAAGCAAUACGUGUAACCUCUACCAUGUGACAAUACAUGUAACCUCUAUAUACCAUGUGACAAUACGUGUAACAUUUAGCACGUGACAGUACCUUUAACCUCGACCAAAAGCAUUAAUGAGAUUUGUAUUGGUAGUCUAAUCAGGGUAAUUUAUGUCAUGCCAAACGAGAAUUUCUCUGUUUUAUUAUUUUUGUAUUGUUGUCCAUGUCUGUUUUAGUAGUGGUUUUUGUCCAAGCAAAAUUUAGUUGAUAAUAGGUGACGUCUAAAUGUCUUAUAGAAAUAGUUGUAAUGUCUCGUUCACUGAAGUCCUUUAUUGUUAGCAUCUGGAAUUAGAAAUCAUUAAAAUAAGUUUUAAAUGGUUGACUUCGAAGAACGAAUGGAUAGGGAUUCAUGCAUUUAGAUUUAUUCCUGUUUACUUUCCUAAUUACUUAUAUUACCUUAUAUUGUUUACUGAAAUCUAGUUCUCCGACGUUGGACUAAGAUGUUGUUUUCUCAUUGACCUACAUUGUGAAUUGUCCCGAUGACAAAAUCUUAAAUAAAUGAAUUUAGAACGUA